GUCUCCGCUGCGGCCUGGUGCUGAGUUCGGGUUUCGCUGUUUUCUGUUUGCAGCUUAGCCUUCGCCGUAAAUAAAACAUUUUAUUGGACAUCAGACCGUCUGGACCGGCUGUACCGAACCGCUGCUCGCAGGCCACACACCAUCAGGGUCCACUGGUACUGACUGCCAUCAGGGUCCACUGGUACUGACUGCCAUCAGGGUCCACUGGUGACUAUGGAGCCUCCUGGACAGCAGCUCUGCGUUCUCCUGCUGGGGGACGGAGGUGAGGAGGUGAGGCAGAGGGAGGUGGGCUGCCAGUGGGAGAGUCCUGAGGAGGACCACGUGAGGAGGCGGGAGGUGGGCUGUCAGAGCGACCGGGCCGAGAGGAGGGACGCUGGCGUCCAGGUGGACCUGCUGACUCAGCAGCUCAGCUGGAGACACUCAGGCUCGUCUACGAUGCUGCUACAGUGCUUCGCAGUCAGACCUGAUGGACCAGACGGGGGCGCUCUGCUCCAGCACUGCAACACCAGCCAAACCAGAACCAGAACCGUCCGACCUGCUGUAAAACCCUCCACAAAACCCAGCCAGACUAGGACUCGGACCCAGAGGAGACCACCCCGGCAGGGCUCCAACGCCACCAAACGAAGCCGCCGGCGCCGCUGUGAGUCACCGGACCCUGAUGUCCAACAGGAGGAGGAGCAGGAAGUGGUCACGGUGGAGGAGGAUUCAGAGGAUCCCACCUGGACUCCGCCUGAAGGAGAUGUCGAGUCGACUCCCUUGGCUCUCGGAGGCCUGCAGCUGGACUCGGAAUCCCAGCAUGCACCUCUUUCUGCGGUGAAGCUCGAGCCUGACAGCACCGUGUGCGACAUUUGUGGUAAAGUGAUGAAGAACAAGUCAAGCCUGGCCCGACACUCCUUCAUCCACACGGGAAAGAAGCCGUUCGCCUGCCACCUCUGCGACCUGCGCUUCAACCGCCGCGACAACCUGCAGCACCACCUGAACCGGCUGCACCCCAACGGCGUGGCCAAGCUGGAGAAGCAGCGCGAGGUUCAGGCUUGGCUGUGCGCCAUCUGCGGUAAAACUUUCAGCUGCAGAUCGAGGCUGAAGACGCACGAGGUCAUCCACUCAGGCACCAAACCGCACCGCUGCGACCUCUGCCCCAAAGCCUACAUGAGGACCAACGACCUGGAACACCACAAGAAGAUCGUCCACGUGGACGGCACCGCGGAGCCUCAGCGGCCAAACUCGCUGCUCUGUGACUUCUGUGGCAAAGAGUUUAAAUGCAGGUCACAGCUCGCCAUCCACUUCCAGACCCACACUGGGGAGCGGCCGCACCUCUGCGACAUCUGCGGACGCAAGUUUGGCCGUCAGUACCAGCUCAAACGCCACAAGAUCCUGCUUCACGCCAACCAAGUAAACGGUAAAGAGGACCUGCCGCCUGAUGCACUUUUCGCCUGCAGCGUCUGUGGGAAGCGGCUGAAGUCUGAGGCGCUGCUCGCCGCUCACUCCCGCAUCCACACGGGUGACAAGCCGCACCGCUGCGGCAUCUGUCUGCGCAGCUUCCAGCGCGCCACUUGCCUGAAGCAGCACCACGUCCGUGUACACCUGAAGGUCAAAGUCAGCAACACGCCGCAUGCGGCCGCACGCAAGAAGAGCACUGCAGCAGCGAAGGUGUUCCCCUGUUCCAUCUGCAGCAAGGUCUUCAAAUUCAGGUCUCUGCUGGCGAGCCACUCCAUGAUUCACAGCGAGAUCCGACCCUUCACCUGCGACUUCUGCAGCCGCAGCUUCCGGCGCCUCAGCCACCUGAAGAGGCACCGCGAGGUGGUCCACGCCAACGGAGCGCGCCUGCCUCAGAGCUUCAUCUGCCACAUCUGCGGCAAAGACAAGAAGUGCCGCUCGCAGCUCGCCAGACACGUCAUCAUCCACACCGGGGAGCGACCGUUCGCCUGCGACCUCUGCACCGCCCGCUUCAACCGCCAGGGCAAUCUGCAGCAGCACAGGAGGCGCAUGCAUGGCGUCGAAAAGCCGCUGGACGAGGACGCCCCUCCUGUUUUGUUUGAUGACGACAUGGCAGCUGCUCUGACGUACAAGCAGGAGGAGACGGUGGUGGCCGUGGACGCCUCGGCCACGCCGCUCGGCGCCGCAGCAAGCCAACAGAUGGACGGCGAGCAGCAGCUGGACGCGACCUGAAGGCAGAGCUGACUGAAGAUGCACGGUGUCCUGCUGCAAGGGAUGAUGUCAGAUGAUCUGUGUGAGUUCUGGACGCUGGCGGAACCUGCGGACUGAUGGCAGAACCUUCUGGAUGGUUCUGAUAAGAGAGACAAUAGAACCACCGAGUGAUCAGAGUUCUUUCAUCACAACUGAACCUCAGCUUGGUUGAUUCUUGCGCUUUAUGUCGGCCUGAGCUUUCCAUCGUGUCGCCUGGUCUCUGCAGCACAGUUCAGACGUUUUACUGAUGACCAACAGAAACAACAGAGUGACCAACUGACCAAUUGAUCCCCUGACUAAUCGAUCACAUGCUGAUAAACGGAGGCGUUUCUGUGACCUUGUCAAAUCCCGUGAAUGUUAGUCAAGUUAACAUAAUGGGUUAUACAGGUUAACUGAAGGUGUUACUCAGGUUUAAUUAAUGGCUUAAUGAAGUGUUUGGUUUGAAAUGUGACAGACGGGAGAAACGGCCAUUAAAGGACACUUGGAAGACCUCGACAUGGAGUCUGGAGUGUAACUGGAGCUUCAAACGUUGGGAUUCGACCCUUAAACAGGACACUGUUCCGCUUUUCUGUUUUCAUUAAAUGACAGAGUUCUUCA